AUGGGGACGACUGCUACUGCGAAUCAAAAAACAGAAAGUUCGGAUUUAGGUAAUAUUUCUCGGCUACAAUCAUGUCCAGCUCAAAGUCAUCGCGCGAGAUCAACACAUGCUGUGGCGUCCGUCUUAGAAACCCUUACUCCUUCUGUGAAACCCUGGGAGGAAGUGCCUGGUCCAAAGCCUCUACCAUUACUUGGAAAUACUUGGCGUUUCAUACCAUAUAUUGGUGGUUAUUCUGUAGAACACGUGGACAAAGUGUGCUUAUCGUUAAGGAAACAAUAUGGCAAGUGUGUCAAAAUGGCCGGUCUAUUAGGUAGACCAGAUAUGCUGUUUGUGUUUGAUGCAAGUGAAGUCGAGAGAGUCUUUCGAGGAGAAGACAGCGCUCCGCAUCGGCCGUCGAUGCCAUCUUUAAAUUAUUAUAAACACACAUUGAGAAAAGACUUUUUUGGUGCAGAGGAAAACUGUGCUGGAGUAAUUGCAGUUCAUGGUGACUCAUGGGCGGCGUUUAGAACAAAAGUAUCUCGAGUAGCUCUCAGUACUGGAGCCGCCGCUCAGUAUACAGAUCAAGUAGGGGAAGUAGCCGAUGGAUUUAUUAAUAGGAUACGGAAAAUAAGAAAUGAACAAUCUGAAACACCUAAUGAUUUCUUGAAUGAAGUUCACAAGUGGUCUUUGGAAUCAUUAGGAUUAAUAGCGUUAGACACGCGGUUGGGUUGCUUCGAUUCUUGCGAGGGCUCAGAAAGUCAACGUCUCAUAGAUGCUGUACAUACAUUUUUUCUAUGUGUAGGAGAAUUGGAACUCCGAGCCCCAUGGUGGAGAAUAUAUCCUACUGCGAUGUUUAAAAAAUAUGUUGCCGCUCUCGAUACUAUACUGAGCAUUACCCUAACACAUGUGGAAAAAGCGUUGCAAGAAUGUCAAGCACAGGGAAGCAGUAAAUCUCUUUUACAAGAUUUGGUAACGGCCGCUGGCUCUAGAGUAGCCGCUAUAGCAGCUCUCGACAUGUUCCUUGUUGGCAUUGAUACGACGUCUAAUGCAGUCGCAUCUACACUAUAUCAGCUGUCACGAAGACCUGAAGUUCAAGAAAGGCUGUAUGAUGAAAUAUCUAAUGUGCUGCAAGGUCGACCUUUAAAACCAGGAGAUGUCAACCAAAUGCCCUAUUUAAAAGCAUGUGUUAAAGAAGUAAUGAGAAUGUAUCCCGUAGUGAUUGGAAAUGGCCGACAAUUGACUAAAGACACUGUUAUUUGUGGAUACAAUAUUCCUAAAGGAACACAAGUAAUAUUCCAACAUUACGUUAUGGGUAACAGCGAGGAAUAUUUCACAAAUGCAUCGAAAUUUCUCCCUGAGCGCUGGUUACAACGGACUAUGUACAAACAUCAUCCUUUCGCAUCUUUACCCUUUGGUUUCGGCAAACGAAUGUGCUUGGGGCGUAGAUUUGCUGAACUUGAGAUACAUAUAAUGAUUUGUAAGAUGGUGCAAGCUUUUAAAAUGGAGUAUCAUCAUGAGCCAUUGGAAUACCACGUUCAUCCAAUGUACACGCCUCACGGUCCUUUACGAAUUAAAUUGAUUGAUCGA